UUUUUUGAAUUUCAAUUACAACAAAUAUCAACAAAAUAAAUAUCCUUUUCGAAAUGAAACAGUAGAUGAAAAUAACGGUGAAACGGUAAAUGAUAACAGUGAACCAGUAAACUGAAACAACAGUGAAACAGUAUAUAUAUUAGUGGUAAAAAAAAAACAGAUUACAGAGGGCAAAAACAGAUAUAUAAAAAUUAGAACAGCGAUAGCAACAGCGAACGAUAAUAGCAGCAAAAGCACUAAACAACAUUAGCGUUAAAACGGCGAACAGCAAUAAUAAUUCCAAGAGGAAUUAAUCAAUGGAUCUGAUGAAAAUAUUUCUGGCCAAAAGGUGAACCCGGUCAGAGGAAGCUAACGAGACUGGCGAACAGUUAUGUGUACGGAGGAAGCAAACAAGACUGGCGACCAAGAAGGGGUGUGGAGCGAGUGGUGGCAGCGUCUGCGCCAAAAUAAACAGAUCAGAAAGGCAGUAGGACAUGUUUCUCUGCUGCUGCUCCUUCUCCUCUACACAGGCCUCGGCGCUAAGGUGUUUCAAUCACUGGAGCACGAGGUGGAGCAGCAGGAGCAGCAGCAGCUCUGGACGCAGCUGCACCACGAGAGGCAGCGUCUGAUUAGGCAGCUCUCGAACUUUACGAACUCACAACAGUACCACCAACAGCCUCAACAGGAACAGUCUCCCCCGCGAGAACAGCACCAACAGGAACAGCACCAACAGCAAGAACAACAAGAACCGGAAGAAAAUCAGACCGUGACGGAGGGAGAGUUCGGGGUGACGGCUGAGACGGUGUCCAAGUGGUUGGGACGAUACGAGGAGGUGUUGGCGGGGUGUCAAGGCUCCGGGGUGUACCCUCUGCAGGAGGAGAUCAACCCUAGGUGGACCUACACCCAGGCUCUCUUCUUCAGCGCCACCGUCCUCACUACUAUAGGGUAUGGGAACAUCGCGCCAUCUACGGUCGGGGGUCGUGUGUUCUGCAUGAUCUUCGCUCUGGUGGGGAUACCGCUCACCCUCUCCGUCAUCGCCAACAUGGGGGACGUCCUUGCCUCCCUGGUUCCUGUCGCUGCCCUCGACAUGUUCCUCCCCAAGGGUAAGCUGCGGGCGGUGGUGACGGUGGUGUCCACGCUGAGCCUCCUGGUGGCCUUCAUAGCGCUCGGGGGCGCCCUCUUCAUGUUCCUCGAUCAGUGGACCUUCACCGAGGCGUUUUAUUUCUCCUUUAUCACCACCACAACUAUCGGGUUUGGUGACCUGGUGCCUGGUGAGUGGUUCUCAG